AUGUCUUUAGGCACUUUGUACUUUAUGGAUAUCUCUCCAAGAUCUCAACUCUUGGAGGGAUUGAUUAACUACUUCAAAUUGGAUGUUAAACUUGUUUCUUACAAGGACGAUGCUCAAUUCGCUGAAUUGUUCCCAUUGAAGAAGACUCCAGCUUUCAUUGAUGCCAAGGGUUUCAAGCUAACUGAAUUGCAAGCAAUUGCUUAUUACUUGGUCUCUCUUUUGAAGGACGAAAAGGUUGAGAAGGCUUUCUUGGGUGCCUGUCCUAAGGAAAAGGCUAAUGUCUUGAGAUGGGUUUCUCUAUCUAACAGCGAUGUUCUUCAAACUGCUAUGGCUGGCUUAUUUCCAUUGGUUGGCUACGUCCCAUACAACAAGAAGCAAGUAGACACUGCUCUAGAAAAACUAGAAUCUUACGCUCAAUUUUUCGAGCAAAGAUUGCAAGAGUUCACGUACUUGGUCGGUGAAAGAAUCACUUUGGCUGAUAUCAUCGCUGCCAGCGCUUGGGAAAAAGUCUUGACUGCCCUAUGUGGUCCAGAAUUCAGAAACAAGCACCCAUACUUAGUCAGAUGGUUCACCACUGUCUCAGCUUCUCCAUACGUUAAGUCUGUUUGGGGUGACCUCAAAUUUGCUGAAAAGGCUAUGGAAGCACCAAAGAAAGCUAAGGCUGAGAAGCCAAAGAAGGCUGCUGAACCAGCUAAGCCUGCUGCCAAGAAGGAGGAACCAAAGGACGCCCCACCUGCUGAACAAAAGAAGCCAAAGCACCCAUUGGAAGCUCUAGGUAAAUCUUCUUUCAUUCUAGACGAAUGGAAGAGAAAAUACUCUAACGAAGACACCAGACCUGUCGCUUUGCCAUGGUUCUGGGAAAACUACAACGCUGAAGAAUGGUCCAUCUGGAAGGUUGACUACAAGUACAACGAUGAAUUGACUUUGACCUUCAUGUCUAACAACUUGGUCGGUGGUUUCUUCAACAGACUAUCUGCUUCCACCAAAUACGUCUUUGGUUCUCUAGUCGUCUACGGUGAAAACAACAACAAUGGUAUCACCGGUGCCAUCAUGGUCAGAGGCCAGGACUACGCCCCAGCCUUCGAUGUCGCUCCAGACUGGGAAUCCUACUCUUACAGCAAGUUGGACCCAUCCAACGAGCAAGACAAGGAAUUCAUCAACAACAUGUGGGCUUGGGACAAGCCCGUCGUCGUUAACGGUGAACCAAGAGAGAUCUCUGACGGUAAAGUGUUGAAAUGA